GCGGCUCGAUUGUAAACAGUCCUGCUCGUUGGAGGGCAGGUGAGAGUACUUUAUCCGGUUCCGCUGCGUCGCAGUUUUCAGUCGUUUUUUUAACGGACUCAAAUGAUAUGAGGCUUCUGUCGCGGGCCGUGCAGUCUGCUGUGGGUCAGAGGGAGGGGAGCCGCAGACACUUCUGGGGAUGGCUCAAUGCGGUCUUCAACAGGGUGGACUACGAAAGGAUCAAAGCCGUCGGUCCAGACCGAGCCGCCGCAGAGUGGCUGCUGAGGUGUGGUGCCAAAGUGAGGUUUCAAGGUUUCGAUCGCUGGCAACACGACUACAACGGACUGCCAACCGGGCCUGCGGGCCGACACAGGAUCCAGGCCAUAGACGCCACCGAAUCCUGCAUCAUGUACAGAGGGUUUGACCACCUGGAUGGAUUGAAAGACGUGGAGGAAAUCAAGUUCAACAAGUGCAUCUACAUCGAGGACGCCUGCCUGGAGAGGCUGAGCUCGAUCGAGAGUCUGCAGGAGAGCUUGAACAAGAUGGAGGUGGUGUCGUGUGGGAAUGUGACCGACAAGGGCCUAGUCGCCCUGCACCAGCUCAGGAAUCUGGAGCGUCUGUUCCUCAGUGAUCUUCCGGGGAUCAGAGACAGACAGACGACAGUUGACCGGCUGCAGACGGCACUCCCACGUCUGGACGUGUCGCUCGACUUGGACUGAUGGAGAGAGAAAAAAAAAAAACCUUGGUCGUCAUAAUCGUUAAAAAAAACAUGGACGCCUUUUUCAAAAAGGCCGAGGCGGCUGAAGGGCUUGUAUUGUCCAGCAUAUGUUUAUUUCAUGAAUCAUUAACUUGUGUCACCUUUCAGCUUUAAUGAAGAAACAGCACGGCAAAGAUUAAUGUUAAAGUACUUUAUUUUGUUGACGGCAGCUCUUCUCGAUAGGUUGAACUAUUCUGUAGUUUAUUAUAUUUAUAUUUAUCCUACAUUUAAGGUAAUAAGAGAGAAAGGAAAAACUAGAUGUGAAAAUGCAAAAGGACUUUUGAGUCUCUUUUGAUUAAUUUGGCAUUUGUACAAUAUGUGUGGACAGACAGAUGGCUGUGAGCAUCCUGAGCACCAACGUUUCAGAGAUGAUGAUGAGUACAAUGUGUGUAUUGUUACUGCGUUAUGAUGGUGAAUGUGGAUUAAAUGAAUAUUCACUCCCGGCAUCAAUAAAUAGUUUCAGAAUA